UCCUCUCCUGGGAGAGAGAGAGUGAGGGUGAGUGAUGGAGGGCGGGGGAGUCAGUGGAUUGGGGUUUCCUCAGGUAUUUGUCUGUUUGGCUUCAGUCAUGGCCGAGAGCUCAGAGAAAGUGCCCAUUGCAUCUGCGGGACCAGAGGACCUGCAGCACUUCAUGCCUCCGGCCUACUCCACCGUGGCGGUGAAACCCACCACCACCAGCCGCCUCCUGAAGGCCGGGGUCGCUGUGCUGGUAGCCGGAGCGCUCCUGUUACUGCUGGGGGCCGUUGGGGCUUUCUAUUUCUGGAACAACAACGAAAAACACGUGUACAAUGUCCACUACAGCAUGAGCAUCAAUGGCAAAGUGGAGGAGGGUUCAGUGGAGAUCGACACAACCAAUAACAUGGAGCGGUUCAGCACAGGCAGCGGAGAGGACGAGGCGGUGGAGGUCCACGACUUUGAGAUUGGGAUCACAGGCAUCCGGUUUUCAGGAGGAGAGAAGUGUUACAUUAAGACACAGGUGAAGGCUCAGCUGCCUGAUGUGGAAACUCUCAAUAAGGAGUCAAUGACAUUUGAUCUGGAGGAUGAGGUGAUGCCAGCUAAAUUUGAGGACGAUCUGAUCUGGGUGGCAGCUGGCGCGCCCCUGUCCGACUCCACCUUCCUCAGCAACAAGAUCAAAGACCUGUGUGGAGACCUGCCAAUCUUCUGGCUCCGUCCAACCUACUCAACCAGCGGUAGGAGGAAGAGGAGAGCUGCCCCCCGACAGCGCCGCCAGGCAGCCGCGCAGGAGGGGGAGGACUACGAAGACGUGGAGGCAGAGUUCAACCCGGAGAAUCCCUAUCACCGAGGACUGGAGGGCGAGCAGGACACCAUGGACAUUGACCCCAUGCUGGACCACCAGGGCGUGUGUUGCAACGAGUGUCGUCGCAGCUACACCCACUGCCAGAGGAUCUGCGAGCCACUGGGGGGGUACUACCCAUACCCGUACCAUUUCAGAGGCUGCAGGGUGGCCUGCAGGGUUAUCAUGCCCUGCAAGUGGUGGGUGGCACGCAUUCUGGGCCUGGUAUGAGUCUCAACUCACCUGAUGAGUGAAGCCCAGACGGAGGGAUGGCGUUUCACGGAAAGACAGAUUAAUUGUAGGUUUAGCCAAAUCUGAGCAGAUUUCUACAAACAGAACUGCAUUAGUAAUGUUCAUAGCUUGUUAAAUUAAAAUCACACACAGCAGCUAUUGAUUUAGGUUUUAUAAACUAGAACAAAACGUGCUGUAAAGAAAAUAUAAGGAGCUCCAUGUUGUUGGUUUCCUCAAAAUAAAUGCAUUGAAAGAAAAA